GUCCCAAAUGGCGGGUGGCGUCUGGAGGACCUCGGCUACGAUGUAACUUCUCCUAGUCCUGUUUUCCCUGUAGCGUGUCAGUGCCGUGCUGUUGCACCCUAUACCACUGAUACCCUGGCUCAAAUGAUACUGGAGAGCGGGCUGGCGUGAUGGAGCCGGACUUCCCUUGGAGCGACGAGCAGACCUUCUGCUUCAUACAGGCCCGUGCUCGCUUCAAAACCAACAGCAGUGAGACUCCAGAAUAUGUUUUCCUGUCGAUCAUCGAGGAGUUGGGGCUUACUGGUCAAGUUUCAACGAACCAAGCUCGAAGGUUGUGGGACUCCCUGGUCACUAGGUAUAAGGAGUUGAGUCAGCCAGCACUUGAACCUGAGGAUGCUGCCCCACCCUCCUGGCCCUUCUAUGCUGCUAUGCACGAUGCCCUGCUGACGAUGCCACCCUCCGUCCUGCCCCUAUCAGUGCCUGAGGAGAUGGAGGGUGGUGGGGCAGGAGUGGGGACUGGAAACCUCAGUGAAGCUUUCCAGGAGGGACAGACUAUUGAAGAGAUGGAGGAGGAGUUUGAGGAUGAUGACGAUGAUGAAGUGGAGGAAGAGGAGGAUGAGGACGAGGAAGAAGAUGAUGAGGAAGAUGAUGAGGAUGAGGAGGAUGAUGGAAUGAUGGAUGAUGAGGAGAAUAUUGGGGAAAGUUUUGAGGAGGAUUCACAGGACGUCAAUGUGUGUCCUGAUGAUGCUUCCCAAUGCAUGGAUUCUGUGGAGGUGGAUGAAGUGUGGACGGAAGCAAGGACACUACGCUUCAUCGAGCUUCGUGGAGCCAAGGAGUCAGAUAUAGUGACCCUGGGACCCACACCUGUAUUUGCUGAGAUCUUGGAGGAGCUGGGUAUGGCUGAGGAGGUGACAGUGGCACAGGCAAGGAAGAAGUGGACUCAACUUGUUCGACGCUACCUGGAGCUAAAGGGGCCAGACAUUGAGGAGCCCAAGGAAGAGAUGAGCAAGGACAGUUUUCAAGGGGACCCAAACCUCAUCACAGGUGACUUGGGCAAUUGGCGUUUCUUUCCUUCAAUGCACAGUGUCAUGGAAGCCAUCAAGGCCACGUCCCCAGAUGGAGGUGCAAAAUCACGCCGUUCCCCCGAGUACACCUGGUCAGUGGAGAUAACAAAAAGGUUCAUUAAGAUGCGAGGAGAGAAGCAUGCUGAGAUUUCCCAGAAAGGUCACAAUGCUGUGUACCAGGAGAUCUUGGAGAAACUGAGCAUUGCAGACCGGGUCAAUGUGAUGAUGGCACGCAAAAAGUGGAACUACUUGGUCAAAAGAUACCAGGAUGAGGAAAUGGCUGGUGGGGAGCGUACUUGGGCCUUUAUGAAGGACAUGGGGCAAGUCAUGAAGCACUUUAGGGGAGCAAAUGUCAACAAACUUAAAUCUAGAGCUUCCCCUGAAUUCUUGUGGCCCAAUGACCUCACAAGGAAAUUCAUAGAGCUGAGAGUUGCUCGCCACUCCGACUUCAUGGAGAAUGGAAUACAGCAAACCUACACUGAGAUUAUGGAGGAGCUUGGUCUGGAGCACAUCCUGAAUCCAAACCAACUUCGGAAAAAGUGGAAUUAUCUGGUGGCCAAGUACAAGGAGUUGUCAUGCACCACAGGCCCUGAUGGCACAAGUCCAGCCCCACACUCCUGGCCCUUCUAUGACAACAUGCAGCAAGCACUACAGCAGAUCCCUGAGAACACACUCCAUGGAAACCGUACAGCAAGGACUAAUUUUGAGAACAUCUGGACGAGGGAGGUCACCACGAGGUUCAUUCAGUUGCGUGGUGCCCGUCCCCCAGACAAUACCAAGAAAGUGUCCUCUGUGUUUGCAAACAUCAUGGAGGAGCUUGGGUUAACUGGCAUCAUCACUCCCAACCAGGCACGGAAGAAGUGGAACUACCUCUGGAGCAAGUAUAUAGAUCUGAGUCAUCCUGAUGUGAGUGAGUACACAAGACAGUCGUGGCCAUUCUACUCCACCAUGCAGGCUGUGGUGGGGGCCCUUCCCCUCUCCCAGGUCCUCACCAAGAAAGGUAUUACAGAUGAGUUUGAGGAGGAGGAGGACAUACAAAAGAAGAUAGUGAAAAGGACCCGUCAGUACACUUGCUUUGUGUGUGGCAAAACAGGCAAGAUUCUUAACGACUUCUUCAUGUACGAGCACGACCAGCGGCUACUGUACACCCAGAAGACGGUGCUGGAGGUGAUCAGCCAUCUGGUGAACCGUAAGAUGGUCAACAUGGAGUCCAGCACCUGCCUCUGCUCGGGCUGCACCAACCUGGUCAACGAGGCAGACUCGGUCAUCCAGCGACAUGACCGCAUCAAGGAGAUGGUGCAAGAACUCUAUUACAGUGGCCUGGCUCAGGCCAAGGCUGAGCAGCAGCAACAGCAGCAGCAACAACAGCAGCAGCAACAGCAGCAGCGAUACUCAAGGGCCUCCAUGGAGGACAGUACCUCUGAAGAAGAGAAAGAGAUCAAGCAGGAGGAGCGGGUUACCUACAGUCAGCGUGGGAGGAAACGCAAGGCUACUGUCAUGGCGGAUGACACAGAGGUCAAGAUAAAGUCUGAGCCAAUGGAUGAUGGCUUUGAUAGCAUUGAGUGUGACGUAGACUUUGAUGAUGAUUCUGAAGACGAGCGCAAACGGAGGAGGACAAAAGGGAGGGGUCGAGGUAAAGUGAGGGGCAGGGGUCGCGGCCGUGCCAGGGGCAGGGGACGGCCUGCUGCCAGGUCCACUCUCAUUGGUCGUGGCCUCGGGGGUCAGUAUCCAUCCACUAACAAGAGGAAGAUCAUCCCGUAUAAAGGUCCCAAGAUAUAUCACUGUUCGGAGUGUGAUUCCGAGUUUAAGAAGUAUACUGACCUCAUCACCCACAAGAAGGAAGUUCACACUGUCAUUGACAACACUCCCUUGGAGGUGGAGGAGACCAUCCUGGAAAAUGGGGUUAUCACCUACUUCAACAAGGGGAAGGCAAACAACUCGGACACCAGCCAUCCAUGCAGGGAGUGUGACAAACACUUUCUGCGCAAGGAUGACCUCUGGUACCACCAGGAACUGUGCCACACAGAAGGAAAGGGUCGAGCAAAGACAGCUUUCAAGGACAGAACUUAUGCCUGUGAGGAGUGUGGUGAAACUUUCCUCUUUAAGUAUAAGCUCAAGAUGCACAUAAACAGCAAGCAUCUGAAUGACACUGGUCAGAAUGCCAAUGAUUUCACCUGUGGGGAGUGUGGGUGCAAGCUGGGGAGUCUGCCUGGCCUCACAUUCCACAUGAGGAAGCAUCACAACAAGAGCCUCACCUACCGCAAGACCACCGAGUACCUGUGUAGUGACUGUGGCUUCAUGGCUCCCUCCAACAAGAAGCUUAGGGAGCAUCAGGAAGCCCACUGUGGUUCAUCAACAAAACCCAAAGUGCAGUGUGAAAUCUGUGGUAAGACUGUACUUAAAGUCUCCUUGAAGAUGCACAAGGUGAAGAUGCACUCAGAGUUCAAGGAGCAGUGUGAUAGGUGUGGGGAGAGGUACGCCACCAAGACGGAUCUGCUGAGACAUAUCAAUGUUGUGCACCUGCGCAUCCUCCUGUACAACUGCCAGUACUGCGGGGAGCGCUUUGCCACCUCUGAUGCUCUGCGCUACCACCGGGUCAAGAUGCACGAGAAGCCCUCCUUCUAUUGUCAGAUAUGUGGUAAGUGUUACAAACGAGUAGGGGAAUUAAACACUCACAUAAAGCGUGCUCACAAUGACCGUAGGAAGGCAGAGGUUUGUACAUACUGUGGAAAGGAAUACUACGACCGUAGCAAGCUGCGUAACCACCUGGUGAGUAAACACAAUGUUCCUCAGGAGAUGACUUACUCAGAGAAUUAUCUGCGUAAAAAGCGAGUGGACGGCUUGCCUCUAGCCAAGCACAUGGAGAAGCGGGUAAGUAUUGACCCUAAGAUGGGACAUAUGGGUCAGCCAGGGCCAGGAGUAGUACACCAACAGACACCACAGCAGCAACAACACCAACAACAACACCAACAACAACAACAACAGCAGCAGCAACAGCAGCAACAACAACAACAACAGCAACAACAGCAGCAGCAACCACAACACCCACACCACCACACAGUAGUACCACAACACGCACAACACCCACACAUGCGACCAGUGGUGGAUGAGGCAGCCGAGGCAGCCCGCAACCUUGGAGCCUACCAAGAGAUCACCACCACCACAGAGGACGACAACUCCCUGGUGGUGACGGAAAUCACAGAGGCUCCGGCCCAGGUGGAGCCCACAGUGCUGGUGGACCCAUUGUCUGUGCCACAGGGGAUGAUGCAUCACCCCCAGGUGGCCCACAUGCAGCCCCCAAUGACCAUGCACCAUCCCAUGCACCAGCAGAUGCACCACCACGCUGCCAUGUCCCGCCUUGGGGUGCUGUACCACAUGAACAUGCCUCACCCAGGCCCCUCUCACAUAAACAUGUAAAUACACAACAGGAAUACAGUCAGGUGCCAAAUUUUACAAUAAGAUACAUUAUUCAUUUUUGGGGUUAAAGGGGAGAAGAUUUAUGGAAAUAGCAUGUUUUCCUCAGUGUUGUUUGUGUUGGCGUCUAUCAGACUGGUAAGUCCUAACCUUGCCCAGGAUCCUUGAUGGCCCUCAGGACUUGUGAGAUUCAAGUAAUGUGAGGAAUGUUUGUGUUUACAUGUCCAUUUUCUUAUGUUUGUGAGGAUGUAUACUCAGGUGUAGCAUGACUUUAUUUUGAGUGUUGGUCAGUUUGUUGUGCAUAUAACAGCAGCGUGUUCAGUGAAGUGUAGUGGCUCAGGGGUGAUUAGUACACGGGCAGGGCAAGAGCACAUCACUGCACAGUUUCAUGAAGUACAAAACCCUUACUAACAUUAUACCUUAGGCAUUAAUAGUAUUGCAGUGUUGUGUCGGAAAAUGGGCUGAACUUAAUUACUAAACUAUUGUCAUCAUUUUGAAAGACAGGUUUCAAGUCGAACAAAAACUUGUGUAUGUUACAGGCAGUCCUCAUUAUAUACAUGCUUGGUUUUUCAUAUAAAAUUUUUCCCCUGCUAAAAUAGCAAGUGAUGUGUAAAUGCAAUAUUCUUUCAUAUGUAUUUAAUUGUUACAAAAUAAUUAAUCCAGAGUGCUUCUCAGGCAUGCUUUAAAUGACUUCAUUUUAAUUUAUACUGGAGAAGUAUUAUUAUCCAUUGUUAUUAUCCAUGGAAGUUUUUUAAGAACCUAACAUGUGCAUAAUGAGAAUCACUUGUAAACAUUGUUAUUAUUUUACGGAACACUUAUCUAGUAUAUGUUGGAAGGUUAGCAGACUCUUGAGUUCGCUGAAUGCCAACUCCUUCAGUAAAGGUGAGUGGUUCUCUAUUGGUGUUACUGAGUGGGUGGAAGUGCAGCCUACUGCUGUUGAAGUGUUCCUGGCCACUUGAUGGUGACACAAACCUCUGCCUCACUACUACUAUGCACGGCUUGGGAUUCCCUAGGGUCAAAAGUUACUGAAGGCUGUACUCCUGUGAGGGUCAAGCCACCUGUCAGAGUUUAUAGUCAGGUCAGAUAUUCUACCUCUAUUUACAUUUGUAUAUUUUUAAAAUAACCUAAGGAAAUAUAGAGUUAAACAGCAGCUUCCUGGUUUGACAAUUGCAGGUAUGUUCACAGGACUGGGUAAAUAUGCUUCAGUAUAAACAAUACCUGCUGAUAAUAUGAUGUACUGCUAAUUUAUAUAUAUAUUGAACUGGAUUGCCUAGUUUUAAUAUUUAUUUUAACAUAUAGUUUACAGUUUUCAAAAUAGUUUUUUUUUUUUCCCCAAUGGUAUACUGUAUGAUGUUCCUGUGCUUGAUGUGUGGUGGAUACUGAGUACUGCUCCCCUCACGUGACAUUCUUGGCUCAGUGGUCAGGACAGCUUAGGUGUGUCUUAGAGUGAAGUGUGAAGCUGACAAAUCCCAGUGACGUGUCAUGGCAGCUAUGUAAUACUAAUGUUAUGUGUCACUCAAAAUGGAAUCUGUAAAUUUUAAAGUAUUUUAUUUUAUUCAAUAAAUACAUAUAUUCUGGCCCGUUCCUCUCCAUUGAACUUGCGUCUAUCACUGGACAAGGUAUUGCAAGACUACUUCAAGUUUGUGAGCAUUCUUAUGAUUGUGCUUCUUAGCAUACACAUACAUUUAGCUUACAUAAUACUGAAUCAUUUAACUACGUACACAUGUAUUUAUUAUAUUUAAUAACAUUUUCUUUUCAAGAAAUGUAAUUAUUAUAUUUAAUAGCAUUUUUUUUUUUUUCAAGAAAUGUAACAAAGCUCUUAAUUACUUGGUUGUUAUCUCUUUGAUCCUGUAAUCUUUGGUUCUUGUAAAGUCAGGUUUCUAGAUACACAUUAAUGUUACAAAGAAGUUUCCCACACACCACUUAGGUAAUCUUCCAUACAGAAUAGGUAAUAGUAUUAAAAUUGGUACAUUUAUAUUUAUACAAAGAUAUUCACAAAUUUAAUGGAUUUUAGUUACCUGAAUGAUAUGGUUGAUUGAACUUUUCUGUAUUGUAUAAACAUUGAUCCUAUACAAAAGUGUGCCUUUGCAACAGGUGCUGUUCCAUCCACAUUAACACUAUUUUCUUAUGUGGUAAUUGAUCAUAAUUGUCCAUAACUCUCUCCAGAAACACAAAACCUAACCACCAUUAAUUCCUGUGUAAAUUGUGUAUUUCAUUCCAGAGACAGCCCUAUCUGUAUCCAAACUUCUCUCUCAGCUAUGUAUUGUAAAGGUUGUUUAACAAGAUCAACAGAGAUUAAUAAAAAUUAUAUUGCA